AUGCCGGAUAGCGAUGUAGAUGACAUCGCUCCGAUCCAGAGGCACAGCACGUUGCGGACCAAGAGUGGCGAGAGCUCGCACAUGGGGUCUACCUUGGCGACGCCAGUCUCGGGCCAGAGACAAAGCAGUGCCCGAGUUGAGGUCACUUCCGCUCCACGGAGGAGUAGUCGGAGGGCCACAAGGAUGGCGCAAGAGAAGAUCACCAGCGCCUAUCAAGAGAUUGGCGUGGAGGACGCCAACGAUAACGAGCCCCAAGUGGGUAUCCAGGAGAUCGAUUACGAGGUCGACGAGGAGUAUGAGGCCGACGACGAGGCCUAUGAAGAGAUCGAUGAAGUGAAUUUGUCAGAUGAUUCAGAGGACGAUGAACUCGCCCUUCUUCAUCCACAUGAGGCCGACCUCAGCGGAUUUGAGGACAUUGGUGGCGAUGAUCCUAUGAACGAAGACACCGAAGAAACAAGUGACGGUGAUGAGCCCGUCAACUCACGUCGCACCAGGGGAAAAAAGGCUGCACGACAACUCAGCAAAAUAAAGAUACUGAAAUAA